UUAUUGUUUGUAUGUGGUUAAUCUUAGGUAUUUUACGUAGUAUCCCAUAUUACGAUGUUCGUGCGAUACUCAGUAAAAAUUCAAAUCGGUCUUCUAAAUAUUUGAACACAUUACAUUUUUAUCAAUUGUCAUUUAAACGUGUUGAUGCGGUCGAGCGGUGAUUUAUCGUGGAUUUCGCUGUAUAAACAUAGUUAAAUGUCAGGCGCUAAGUGAUGGCGAGCAAGUUGACGGAUCCCGAAUUACCAAAGAAAAACGAAAACUUUGACACGUUUUACACCGAAGUAAAAGAAAUCGAGAAACGUGAUUCUGUGCUAACAUCCAAACAACAGAUUGAUAGACUGCUGCGGCCUGGAGCUUCAUAUUUCAAUCUAAACCCUUACGAAGUACUUCAGCUGGACCAUGACACACCUUUAGAAGAUGCAAAAAAAAAAUAUAAAAGACUGUCCAUUUUGGUGCAUCCUGACAAAAACCAAGAUGAUUUAGAGAGAGCAAAUAAUGCUUUUGAAACCGUUAACCGAGCAUGGCGGACGAUUAAUAAUGAUGAAUCUAGGAAAAAAUGUCAAGAGAUUAUACAGGAAGCUAAAGAUAUGACAGAAUUUAUGAUUACAGAAAAGCGUAAGAAAUUAAAAAAAGAAGGCAAAGAUACAGCUGUUGAAGAAGAUGAUCCAGAUAUUAUGAAACGCAGUAUUUACGUUCAAACAUGUAAAUUAUUUGCUGAUUUAGAACGUAAAAGAAAAGACCAUGAAGCUAGAGAAUUACAAGAAAGGAAAAGAAAAAGAGAACAAGAAAUUGAAGAAGAACAGAAAGCAACAAUGUCAAAAGAAUGGCAAAAGAACUUCGAUGAAUCGAGAGAAAGUAGAGUAAACAGUUGGAAAGCAUUUCAAGAAUCAACAAAAAAAUCCAGCAAAAAAAUCAAAAUAUUUAAACCACCUAAGCACAAAGCAGAAUCAAGGUGAAAUAAAACUUAAUUAAAUAAUUUCUAUAGUAAAUAAAACACAUUUUUUU